GACCUGCACUGUCUGACGUUCCAAAAUAAAAUGCAGGUCCGUGAGCAUAAAAUUAGAAAAUUGAGAAAGCUAAAGCAACACAGCACAACUCAACUCACCUUCAGCAUUCAGUUGCACAAAUAUAUGGCAAAUUAACAUCGCUAAAAAUGGUCGAUAUAUCAAGGGAGGAAGCACGUAGCAUUGCUGCCUCCUUAAUUAAUGGGAUUAAAACAUCAUUGAUCAUUUCCAUGGAAGAAAAACCUGCCAGGUACGUACAGCAGAAAUCGAAAGAAGAAGGAAAACGACCAUCCAACGCUGCGUAUGGUUGUAACGGCUUGCAAAGCACCAGCAAUAAUUUCAAGGACAGGUGCUCUGCUAAUUGCAUGAAUAUGAUGCUUUCAAAUUCUAUCAACAUUGAGAGUGGGGGAGGAACAAGAAGGGAGGAAGGAAAGACAAAAACAUUUAAAAUGGAGGAUAAACUGAACACAAUUUCGCAAAAAGAAAAGUCAAAUAUUUCUUUUCUGAAUAGCAAGUGUAAUAGCUCUUAUAAUGAAAACAAAGGUAAUCAUGUGAAAUAUGGCAAAAAAUGUCCAAAGUGUUCUGAAAUAAACGAUAAAGAUGCAAAUUGGUGUAUGGAAUGUGGGAAAGCUAUAUUGUCUGUUGAAGUACGACGACAAGAAAGCUUAAAAGAAUCUCCCCACCAAAUAUCUCCCUCUUAUGAUUGUGAAAGUAAAAGUUUUCCAUUUCAGAGUAACUUUCCACCCAAUUCUGUUUCAUUUGAAGAUGAAUAUGUUGCAAAUCGGUCAUUUUCAUAUAACAAUCAGUACCCAUAUGGAAGCAAUGCAGAACAAUUUAGUGCUGCAUCGUUUGAUUUUCAGAAUCCUGAAUUCGAUGAAGAUUUGCACAGUAAAACUAGAACUGAUGGGGAAGUAGCUAUAUUUCAGAAAUCUGCCUCUGGUGACAGAAAGGAAGAUGCAUUGCAUAUGUAUGCUUUUGAUGAUUUACUUUAUCCUAAUUUUGCAAUACAUAAUCCAGUGUGUGGAUAUGUAUUGCCUUCAUCAAAUAUUGUAUCUAAUGCAGCAUAUAUUCAACCUUAUUACUAUCGAAUUAAUAAUGUGCCAUAUGAGUCCAACCAAACAAGAGCUUGUCAACCAAGAUCUAAAAAACAUUACAAGUGGAACAGAAACAAAAGAAAGGAAAAGAAAUCUUCCCUACAUUCUGCAACAACCAAAAAGGAACAAGAUGAUAAAUGUUUGGAGAAAAAUAAUUUCUGUGCCAUGGAACAAGAUGUUGGGAUGUUAUUAACAGAUCUUCCUGAAGAAAUAUUGUUACAUGCUUUUUCAUUUUUACGUACAUCUGAUCUCGCAAAAUGCACAAGAGUGUGCAAGUUAUUUAACCGAGUUGCAUCUGAUGCUGCACUGUGGAAAGAAAUUAUCGUGAAGAAAAAGAACAAUUUGACUGACAAUGUAUUUGCUGCGAUCUCAAAAAAGCGACCGUCGCGUUUGACAGUUACACAAUGUAAUGGAAAAAUGGUUACUAUGGAGGGUUUACGACAACUUUUUAGAAGCUGUGCUGACACACUAGAGGUUCUUGAUGUCAGCGCUUGUAGUGGUGGAGUUCUUAUUGGGGAAACUGUUCUACUCCAUGUUUCGGCUAGAUGCAAAAAUAUAUACAAACUUGAUGUGAGUUGGAGCAAUGUAUCAAAUGAAAGUGUUCAAGGUGUAUCUAAAGCUCUGAACAGGUUAGAACAAUUGUCACUUAACGGUUGCCAAGGAAUAACUGACGAGUCAAUUAAAGCAGUUGCUGAGAAACAUGGAGAUAAUCUACAAUGUCUUGAAGUUUUUGGUUGUUUCAACAUUUCAUCAGCUUCAAUAAAUGCUUUGGCACAGCACUGUAAAAAGUUGAAAAAAUUAAAUUUGGGGCAGUGCCAUAAGGUAAACAACGUUGCACUUACUGUCAUUGCUCAAAAUAUAAAACAUCUUGAAAGUUUAGACAUCAGAGGUUGCAAACAGGUACGAGAUUCAUCACUAAAGGAGAUCAUAACGAACUGCAACAAGCUGACUAGUUUAAUCAUAGCAAACUGUCCGUCCAUUACCGACACGUCAAUGAUAACCAUCGCUUCUCAUCUACCUGCUUUAAAAUGUCUAGACGCAUGUGGAUGUUGCAAGAUUACUGAUCGAGGGAUGCAAGCCUUGGUGAAAAGUUGUCGCUCUCUCCAAGUGUUGGAUUUAAGUUCAACAAAAGUUACCGGCCGAAGCGUGUCAGCCAUUGGUCAUUAUUGCAAAACAUCACUGACAUCCUUGAAGUUGAGUUUUUGUCCUGCUGUAACUGACUCUUGUCUUCAUGCUGUCGUCAGCAAAUGUCAGCAAUUGAAGGUAUUGCAUUUGUAUGGCUGCAAACCAAUUCGCAACUUAUAUAAACUCAUGGAAAUCAACCCCGCUCUCAAGAUUGAAAAAGAGUCCUUAAGAUGAAGACCUACAUUUUACGACGAAGGGGAAAUACAUGACUGGAGAAAUACGAAAAAUUUACCAACUUGAUCUGAAGUCAAAUAUCUUUCAAGAAAAUUCAAAAUAAUUAUUUGUGGUAUGACCAAGGAUAUAAUUAACGAGUUGUUAACAAGUAUUUUUCAACAGAAAAUUUCGAAAUCUUUUCUUAAUAAGAUAUAAUUUUAAAAAUUUUAACCCUUUUUAUAGAUUUAUAUGUUUUGUUUAUAUUUUAUUUUAUAAUUCUUUGCAUCUUCGUUCCCACGUCUCUUAAGAGCAUGGCAUGGGAACGAAUGUGAUAUAUAUAUAUAUUUAUUGUUUUUAUUUUGUUUUUUGUUUUUGGAGAAAAAUGGAACAGUUUUUCAUGUACGACAUUCCCAAGUCAGGAUAAAACAACGUCUUUUGGGUUGUUUUUUUGCUUCUGCUUAGGAGAUAGAAAGUGAGGACCAGCCUAUCUACUGAAACAGGAAAAUCGGGGAAAGUUAGACAGCGUUUCACGUGGGUCUUACAACGCCAAAGAGAUUCUCUAGUCUAGAUUGCAAAAUUUUAAUAUUAGUAAAUAAGUCCAUACAUGGCUACUUGUCUAGAAUCAUAUUGAAAUAUCAAGCAAUUAACAUUCAGCUUCAUGCCUGGUUUUCGGUAUUAUGGUAAGGUUAAAUCUGUAAUUUAAUUACCACAACGUUGAAUUUGUUAUGAAACUUUUGAAUAGUCAAACAAAGUCAGGAAAUAUUUCAGGAAUUAGGUAGAGUCAGUAGAUAUGAACGUCUCGUAUUGUUGCAAAAAAAACUUUAUAUGCUCGUUCUGGUAGCUAUGUAAUGUUCCAUUUUUUUUGAUAGCCUAACUUAUUUUUGUGUGGUGUUGAUAAUUUUUUAAAAUUUUAAUAAAUGAGUAUAAAAAAAUGAUUUAAUAGAAGCUUGCGUUAUUUUGCAAGUGAAAUUUGUAGUUAGGCUAAAAAGAUUAAAUAUUUUUAUUUGCCGGUAAUUGAGUUUCUAUAUUUUUUGGUUUCCACUUGAAGUGGUUGUUGAUGAACAUAGAAUAAUUACUUGUGAUGGAGUAUUUCAAUAUAUUUCAACAACACUGUUUCCAAGCAAUUGCUUUAGGUGGAGGUCUUUGUAAAUUGUACAUAGAAAUUGAGUUUUGUUUUCCUAGCGUCAGCAUCAUUUAUGGUGUUUUUUGAAACCUGGUGUUUCUUCAAAUACCUCUUUUCUUUAUCUUAUUUUUGCGGACGCCAUUGGAAACGGAACAUUUAAAUACUUCGUUUAUUAUACACACCUACUUAUUUGGAAAGCAUGCUUACAAUCCUGUUUACCGAUUUUGUAUCCUGAUUACCAAUUUUGAAUCCCGAUUUCCGAUUUCGUUUCCCGAUUAUCGAUUUGUCACUUAUGUACCAGUAGCGUGAAAAAAGUUACUUUAUCCCUUCUAAGUUUUAUAAAUGUUUCAUUCUCAUCAAACUAUUUUGUAAUUUUUUUGUGUAAAACUUUGUCGUGUUGUAAAUAAAAGAAUUUCAUGCAUA